UGUAUUUUUCUCAUAUCUUUCAACUACCUUCCCAACCAAAGAAUGAAAAGCUUCUUCACAUUUUCCUUCAACCAAACAAAGCCUAAAGGGGCAUUUACGUAAAUGCAUCUCAAAGCUGCCCUAGAUAUCCACCCCUUCUCGCUGGCUAUGAAUACAUAUGUUCUUCAGUGGAGUAUCCUACUGCCCUCUAUACUUUUUCUCUUCGUCCCGCGGCAGAUUUAUUGCUAAGCGCUCUUUGCUUUCAAAGGUAUCAUCAUGGGUAAGGAAAAGACACACAUCAACAUUGUUGUCAUUGGCCAUGUCGACUCUGGGAAGUCUACAACCACGGGUCACUUGAUUUACAAGCUUGGAGGAAUUGACAAGCGUGUGAUUGAGAGGUUUGAGAAGGAAGCUGCUGAGAUGAACAAGAGGUCAUUCAAGUAUGCCUGGGUUCUUGACAAGCUCAAGGCUGAGCGUGAGCGUGGAAUCACUAUUGAUAUUGCUUUGUGGAAGUUUGAGACCACAAAGUACUACUGCACAGUCAUUGAUGCCCCUGGACACCGUGACUUCAUCAAGAACAUGAUUACUGGAACAUCGCAGGCUGAUUGUGCUGUUUUGAUCAUUGAUUCUACCACUGGUGGUUUUGAAGCUGGUAUUUCCAAGGAUGGUCAGACCCGUGAGCAUGCUUUGCUUGCUUUCACUCUUGGUGUUAAGCAGAUGAUUUGCUGCUGCAACAAGAUGGAUGCUACAACUCCCAAGUACUCUAAGGCUAGGUAUGACGAAAUUGUUAAGGAAGUCUCAUCCUACCUGAAGAAGGUUGGAUACAACCCGGAGAAAAUUCCUUUUGUUCCCAUCUCUGGUUUUGAGGGUGACAACAUGAUUGAGAGGUCAACCAACCUUGACUGGUACAAGGGACCCACCCUCCUUGAGGCUCUUGACAAUCUCACAGAGCCCAAGAGGCCUUCCGACAAGCCCCUCCGCCUCCCUCUUCAAGAUGUCUACAAGAUUGGUGGCAUUGGCACUGUCCCUGUUGGCCGGGUUGAGACUGGUAUCAUCAAGCCUGGUAUGGUCGUCACUUUUGGGCCCACUGGUCUGACUACUGAAGUGAAGUCUGUUGAGAUGCACCAUGAGGCUCUCACUGAGGCACACCCCGGCGACAAUGUGGGAUUCAAUGUCAAGAAUGUUGCGGUGAAGGAUCUCAAGCGUGGGUUUGUUGCUUCUGAUUCUAAGAAUGAUCCCGCCAAGGAAGCAGCCAAUUUCACUGCUCAAGUCAUCAUCAUGAACCACCCUGGCCAGAUUGGUAACGGAUAUGCCCCCGUGCUCGACUGCCACACCUCUCACAUUGCUGUCAAGUUUUCUGAGCUCUUGACUAAGAUUGAUAGACGGUCGGGCAAGGAGCUUGAGAAGGAGCCAAAGUUUCUGAAGAACGGGGAUGCAGGAAUGGUGAAGAUGAUCCCAACUAAGCCCAUGGUUGUGGAGACCUUCUCCGAGUACCCACCGCUCGGCCGUUUUGCAGUGAGGGACAUGCGUCAGACUGUUGCUGUGGGUGUGAUCAAGAGUGUGGAGAAGAAAGAUCCGUCGGGUGGUGGCAAAAUUACCAAGGCUGCCCUUAAGAAGAAGUGAACCGCACAAGGGGUCUGGUGUUUUAAUAAUAAAGAAGAAUCGUCUUGCUUUGGUGGUGGUGAUGCCGGGGCAGUCGGAUCUUCGCUUUGUUUUAUGUGUCGUAGUGUUUUGCCUAGCAUGUUUGGUUCCCAUUCUCAGAAUUGGGUACUCGACAGACGGUGGCGAGUCUUUUAAAGUGUCACAUGGUCGGACAAUGUUUUGUGAUGUAUGCCUUUUGAGUUCUGUUAUUCCGGUAACGGUAAUGUUUGGGUUUUGUUUGUGAAAUUCUCUUUUUAGUACAUGGUAUCUGCUUUAGAUGCAUGUGUUGUGCAGGUCUCUAUAAAUCAUGUAGGAUAAAUUGAUAUUGGUUUG